GCGUUUCCCCCAUCCAAGAUGGCGGCGCUAAGUGUAAACAAGGUCGGAGCUGGAGCAGGAAUGGAUGCCGGGAGUAGGCAGCACCGAAGCCCCGGUGGGCCUGUGGUGAAGGUUUUGGAAUGUGGAGUUUGUGAAGAUGUAUUUUCACUUCAAGGAGACAAAGUUCCUAGACUGCUUUUAUGUGGACAUACUGUCUGUCAUGACUGUCUUACCCGACUUCCUCUCCAUGGAAGGGCCGUUCGGUGUCCUUUUGAUCGCCAGGUUACUGAGUUAGGAGAUUCUGGGGUCUGGGGAUUGAAAAAAAACUUUGCUUUAUUGGAACUUCUAGAGCGUCUGCAAAAUGGGCUUGGCGGUCAGUGUGGGACAACUGAAGAAGCUAUUGGCCUUUCUGGAGAGUGUAUCAUCCGCUGUGAUGAGGACGAGACUCAUCUUGCUUCCGUGUAUUGCACAGUGUGUGCCACUCACCUGUGUGCAGAGUGUUCCCAGCUCACACAUUCUACAAAGACUCUAGCAAAACAUAGGCGUGUACCCCUUGCUGAUAAACCUCAUGAGAAGACAAUGUGCUCUCAGCACCAAGUGCACGCCAUAGAAUUUGUGUGCCUGGAGGAGGGUUGUCAAGGCAGCCCCUUAAUGUGUUGUGUCUGCAAAGAAUAUGGAAAACACCAGGGUCAUAAACACAGUGUUUUAGAACCAGAAGCAAACCAGAUCCGUGCUUCCAUUUUAGACAUGGCUCACUGUAUAAGAACUUUCACAGAAGAAAUAUCAGACUACUCUCGGAAGCUAGUUGGAAUUGUUCAACAGAUAGAAGGUGGAGAGCAGAUAAUUGAAGAUGGUGUUGGAAUGGCUCACACUGAACAUGUCCCUGGUACUGCAGAGAAUGCUCGUUCAUGUGUUCGAGCCUAUUUUUCUGAUCUUCACGAAACCCUGUGCCGUCAAGAAGAAAUGGCACUUAGUGUGGUGGAUGCCCAUGUGAGAGAGAAAUUGAUCUGGCUUAGACAACAACAAGAAGACAUGACCAUCCUAUUGUCGCAAGUUUCAACAGCUUGUCUUCACUGUGAAAAGACCUUACAGCAGGAUGACUGCAGAGUUGUGUUGGCCAAGCAAGAAAUUACAAGGCUUCUAGAAACACUUCAAAAGCAGCAGCAACAAUUUACAGAGCUUGCAGACCACAUACAACUUGAUGCUAGCAUUCCAGUUACUUUUACAAAGGACAACAGAGUACACAUUGGACCAAAAAUGGAGAUUCGAGUAGUAACACUUGGAUUGGAUGGAGCAGGCAAAACUACUAUUUUAUUUAAAUUAAAGCAAGAUGAAUUCAUGCAACCUAUUCCAACGAUAGGUUUUAAUGUUGAAACUGUUGAAUAUAAAAACCUGAAAUUCACAAUUUGGGAUGUAGGUGGUAAACAUAAGCUGAGGCCUUUAUGGAAACAUUAUUACCUCAAUACACAAGCGGUGGUGUUUGUUAUUGAUAGCAGCCACAGAGACAGGGUCAGUGAGGCACACAGUGAACUUGCCAAACUGUUAACAGAGAAGGAGUUGCGAGAUGCCUUGUUGCUGAUCUUUGCCAAUAAGCAGGAUGUGGCUGGAGCACUUUCAGUAGAAGAAGUCACAGAAUUGUUGAGUCUCCACAAAUUGUGCUGUGGUCGUAGCUGGUACAUUCAAGGUUGUGAUGCCCGAAGUGGCAUGGGACUGUAUGAAGGACUGGACUGGCUCUCAAGACAUCUGGUGGCUGCAGGUGUACUGGAUGUAGCAUAAGAUCUUAUCAAGGAGCCAUUAAACUUGAAAAUCUAUUUAUUUGUGUAAUUCAAGAUGGUCAAAGAUGAAUUUUCCAUCUAAUUACUUUCUGCACAUUUUCCCCCUAAAGAAAACAACUAAAAGUUUUGCCGAAAUGAUUAUUGGAGUGUGGUACAGUGAGUGUGUAAUUCUUAUACAUUGUGGUAAUUGAGUAGAGUGGUGCUGUGGUGAAAGGUGCCUUGAUUUUUUUAAAAAAGAAAGUGUUUUCAACUUCCUUAUUAAACAAACUAAUAUUUUGUUAUAGCAGUACUUUCAGGACCUGGCUUUUAUUUGAGCUCACUCCAUUGAAAGUUGACACUACUACAUUAGUCUUGGAUUGGAUCCAGGCUUAGGUGCCUGCACAUACAUUAAAGGAAAUAGACUUCCUUCAUUCCUGUGGUAGCUUCUCCAGCCCCUCAAAAAAAAACUAUACAGGUCUGGAUAAUGCAGUGGGACAGGAGGGGGAAAUCUCUGAAAAUUGGCUGGAAAAACUUCUGUAUGCAGAUCCCUUAUUGCCCAUAGAAGUCCUAUUCUGGAUCCAAUUCUUUGUUUUUCAGUUUUGAAGUGAAGACAUAUGCAACUCUUUUUUCACAUUACCAGUAUUAAUCAGAAUAUAUUCAAGUGUAGUAUGGACUCAGCUGUUUAACUCUUUGGUCUAGUUAGCAGCUUUUAAAAAUGAAAGCAAAACCUAAAGCCUGUGUUUAUCAGAUCAUCCACUGAUCAUUACUGCUUUCUUCAGAGACUUGUUCGCUCUUGUGCCUUCGCAAUUAUAAUUUUUUUAAGUGAAACAGAUUUGAAAUUCUUAACCCACAUGUCCCCAUCUGUGCUCCUGUUCAGAAUUGGAAAAAAGUUGCCUUGUUUAGAGGUUUAUACAUUCCUUUUCAACAUUAUUUUUCAAUUACGUAGCAUUUCUAAAUACUAUUGCAUUUUAAAUUUUUGUUGGCAACAAAAUGUAACAAUUCCUUAUAUAGUGUAACAUCAGGAAGUUGACAUUUAGCAAAAUGUAUCUUCUGGAGGAAGUAGGCAGAAGGUAUGAUGAAUUAUUUGUUUUGGCUGAUUUACAUUAUUUGAGACUCUGUGGCACUUUGUCAGUUGAAGUACCUGCCCCCAAACCUAGUGGGCCUUCUGUUAGUAUAAUACCAUAAUUUGUUGAAUUUGUACUUGCUUUAAAUCAUUAUUUUUUUUCUUGUCUAUUUUCAGUUGUAUUCACUGAGGAUUAAUAACAAAAAACUUUGCAGUGUUUAACCCAUGAUUCCCAAUUUCCACAUAAGUUUUGUUUAGUGCAGUGGUCAGAUCUUGGGAAAUCUUGGAGGUGCAGUUGAGAGGAAAGCAAAGGAAUGGGAGAAAGAAGUUCCAUGAUUAUAGUUGGAAAGGAGAAACUUGUUUUAUGUUGAAGAGAUUAGGUAUGUGAUAGUAGGAGACUUAAUAAGCAGUAGAGUUAGGGAGAAAAUAUUAGCACAGGAAGCAAAGUGUAUUGGCAAAGAAAGCAGGUGGCAUUUGGAAGGGGAAAUGGCAGAAACUGAUUCUGAAUGUUAGGAUUGCACAGGUUGGUACUUACCUUAGUUUAUCACAUUGAUCUUUUCCCCCUUAUUGGUUUGAACAUGAGUUUUGGACCCCAGGCUGCUCCUCUCCUGGUUACCUUAUCUCCUCCAUUUCCACCAGAAAUUCUGUUUCAAAUCUGGAAUGCUGUUUACCACUGUUUUCCUGAUUAAUUUCUCUAGUGCUCCAAAUAUUACUAUAUUUUCACCAAAUACUGAAAUUACAUAAACAAAUUAUUGAAACCAAAGGUCCCUCCAAAGAUAUCCUGUAGUCCACUCCUUUUGUUUCUUCAUUCUCCUCAUAGGGCAUUCAUAGAAGGGGAAAACAUUGCCUUACAUAAGAACCAGCCAUAAAAUAGAUGUCUGAGCUUCUCCUUCAUGAUACAUCAAAGGACAGUGAAUUGAUGUUAGGUUUCCAGUAGUCUGAAUGGACAGCCAAGAGAGAAUAAACUCCCCUGAUAUUCCUAAACAUAACCUAGGUGAAGUCUUUGAUCACUGACAUGCCUUGCUGUCAACCUCUUAUUCAAUGGCACAUGAUGACAUAUUCAUAUCUCCAGAAAAGAUAAUCCUGAUUAUUUUCAGUAUUAGCUGAUGGGAAAUAUAAAAUUUUGGAAGUUGAAUAUCCUUUCUUGCACCUCCUGCACCUCUUUAUAUGUAGACACUGAAGCACAAUUUCCUGUCACACUGGCUAUUUCUGUUCCUCAUUGCAUAGUUUGAGCUUUGUCUUCAAUUUGUGGCUCUUUCGUUUUGGCUAUGAUUGUAUAGCCAAUAGUUUGCAUAUUUUUCCCUGUGAACUACUUUGUUAAUAAGGAAAGCUCUGUAUCAGGAUCUAUAGCGAUUUACCUUAACUUUGUUCUCUUUAGUAUAUGGUUAGCUAAGUACCUCUGACUUUUGCAUUUUGAGGACACUCCCCAAUAUUUUAUAGCACAAAAAAGAAGUAUCUGUGGUUGUGCUGCAUCCCAGAACCUAGAUCCCGAUUCCAGCGAGUGAUCACUAUUUCUGCAUUCUAAAGCUAUAGUUGUGGAUGGAGGGGUUCAGGCAGGCAAACCUAGGGAUGACAACUGUGUAGAGAAGACCCAUUCUGUAUCCUAGCAGUGUAAUAUUCUAAGUGCUGAAUAAACAGUUUACUAUUUAAUGAUUGUAGAGAAUACAAAGAUAUUAAGGCACUAAUUUGUUAUUCUCCAAGAAAUACUACAGCUCUUCAGAACACCUUAACAACAGUUCAUUGGUACAAAAAUAGAUAACUUUAUAGCUGUACAUGCAAGUCUUGUCCCUAAUAAAUGGGAGAUCUAUUUGUGUCCCUGUAUAGGAUGUGUGAGGAAAAGGGCAUAUGUUGGGGCUUACUGGCCCACAGACUGGAACACCCUCAGUUGAUGUCAUUAAUACUGCUUGAUCAUCUGGGAACCCAGCCUCAUGGCAUGAAUCAAGGAAAGUUCUCUUUCUAGGGCAUAUGAGGAACUCAACUUGCGGCCUCACAUGACCGCCACACUUCCAGAUUGUAGCAGGUGGCCACAGCAUCAAUUCAUGCUGUAAUGAACUUGUGAUCCUUGCUGUUCUCCAUGUUAUUUAAUGAAUGGGCUGGAGCAGAGAAUUGGCCCACAGUCAGGAUGUCUGGUUACUGGAUUCUGGUCAUAUGCAGCAGUAAACUUUGUAUGGUGAUAUAUAACCUGUUCUGCAUUACUGCCCUUUUGUUUCCACCAAUUUGUGCCACUAAUGCAAAGCCCAUUCAAAAUGUUACUGCUGAACAUUUUGCUUUUUGCUGCAGUAAAUAUGUUGAUUUUUGUAAUCAGGCUUACAUGUUGAGAUACACAGUGCAGCCUAGGUAUCUUAAUAGGAAAUAAAUUAUAUAGUAUUAAUGUGGCUCACUGCCAAGCCACUGUGCAUAGGUUUAACUAUACUUCCAGUUUAGGUAAUGAUGUUCCAUGUAAGUUUGUUUAAAAUAUUUUAGAAUACAAUUCUGUAUUCUCAUCUGAAACAGCAUAGGUGAAUGAUAUCUCACGUUGAAUAACACAGAUCCCUAAGUGAUUUUACAUCUUCAGAAAUAUUGGAACAAAUAGGCCUGUUUAUAUGCAUUCUGAAUUUAGAUGUAGCAUAAAUGACAGAUUCCAAGGUUAAAAGGAAGCAUACGAUUUUGCUAACUUAUUAAGACACAGUUCCUGGUUUGGGGAUAUUAUAGAUGAAGAAGUUACUUAUGCAUUCUACAACCACUCUCACUUUUAAUUGAAAUGUUCUUUAUUGAAUCUUCCUGCUUUGUUAUACAAUGAUUGGCUAGAAUUGUCUAAACAAAACUACAAGUGAUUUAUCUCCAAGCAAUUAUUUUCUACUUUAACUAAUGCAUGAUUAGGCAGUUCUUUUCGAUGGAAGGUCUGUGUGUAUUUGAAUUAGUUUGGAGGCUUUCUGUUACAUUUCAGUAAGUCAUAUUUUCAUUUCUGCACUUUUAUUUAACACUAUUGAAAUGCAUGACACAGCUUAAUAUGGAGCAGUUGGAAAGUUAAAUGUGAAUUGUUCUUUGGCAACUUUGACUGCUGUAAUUGUACUGUUUUGGGCCCUUUACUCCUUGUAAAAUCCAAAAUGUUGAUUUCAGGGCACUGUGGAGAACUACUUGUUUUUGAAAAAGCUCUUAGUUCCUUAACACUAACAGAAUUCAGGCUCUGCUACAAAUGUAGUUUGCUUGCAUAAGUAUUAUUUUAACUGAAAUCCACUCAAGUGACUGUGAAAAUAGGUACUGCAGUUAUUUGAAUUCAAGUAUUAACCGGAUUCACUUAGCAAUCCAUUUGUACUGUACAUAACUACUUCAAUUAUAAAUUUGUUUCAUAUGUUGUUGAGCUUUAAUUCAAUUUAGUGUACUGAUGUGUGCCAGUUUUAGUGUUUCAAUUCUUAAUUUUUAUUAAAAAGUAUAACUUGUCUUAAGAGCAGACAGUAUUUGAGUAAGCACUCAUUUGUAAAAAAAAAUGGAUCAUAGUCAAGUUUUAACUGAAAUGAAAGUGCAACAUUCAACGACUUUAAAGAAAAGUAUAGUAACUUCUUGCUUCAAAGGUAACAGUGCAUAGAGCUUAAUGUCUUGAUAUAAUCUGGCUUUUAACUGUAUGUAUUCAGUUAAUUUCCACUUCUAGAUUGGGAAUGAAAAGGUGGAGAGGGGUAUUGCAUCAUAGUGUCUGUGCUCUGGAGCAACACUAGGUGUAAAACAGCUUACAAAAACAGCAUGUGAUGUAACAAUUGUAAUAUUGUGGCUUCAGAAUUGUUUUGGAGCCCUAACAGUAAAACUUCUUUAACCAA